ACAAUCGCACCCUGUCUUUUCUUGGUGUAGCCUAGCGUGUUGCCUACACUUCCGGAAUCUUCGACUACCGCAGAUCAAAAGAAAAAGUUGCCUGCGGGGAACUAUUGCCUACACCAAAGCAGCUACGUGGUAAACCACUUGACACAUACAACAGACACAACCUACUACCAUUCCCUCCAGAAUAAUUUGAAUUUUGAAAGACGAAUCCCACAAGCCGAUCACAAUGUCCUCCGCUGUCGUGCAAAACGACGACCUCAACAUGGAGCCCACCCUCCAGCCGCUCCUCGACCAGAAAACCCUCCGCUGGAUAUUCGUCGGUGGUAAAGGUGGCGUCGGAAAGACGACAACUUCUUGCUCUCUCGCGAUCCAGCUCGCCAAAGCCCGCAAGUCCGUUCUGCUCAUCUCGACCGAUCCCGCGCACAACCUGAGUGAUGCCUUUGGACAAAAGUUUGGCAAGGAGGCCCGGCUUGUCGAUGGAUUCGACAACCUCAGUGCUAUGGAGAUUGACCCCAAUGGGAGUCUGCAGGAUCUGUUGGCCAAUGGGGAGCAGCAGGGUGAUGACCCCAUGGCUGGUUUGGGUGUUGGGAAUAUGAUGCAGGAUUUGGCUUUCAGUAUCCCCGGUGUCGAUGAAGCCAUGUCAUUCGCAGAAGUCCUGAAGCAGGUCAAGUCCCUCUCUUAUGAAGUUAUCGUCUUCGAUACCGCCCCGACCGGUCACACCCUUCGAUUCCUGCAAUUCCCCACCGUGCUCGAAAAGGCUCUGGGCAAGCUCUCGCAGCUGUCGUCGCAGUUUGGUCCGAUGUUGAACUCGAUUAUCGGGGCCCGUGGUGGCCUCCCCGGUGGACAGAACAUGGACGAACUUAUGGGCAAGAUGGAAUCUCUGCGGGAAACAAUUGGCGAGGUCAACACCCAGUUCAAGAACCCCGACCUGACCACCUUUGUUUGCGUCUGCAUUGCAGAAUUCCUGUCUCUCUAUGAAACCGAGCGUAUGAUCCAAGAAUUGACGAGCUACGGCAUCGACACGCAUUCCAUUGUUGUCAACCAGUUGCUGUUCCCCAAGAAAGGGAACGACUGCGAGCAAUGUAAUGCUCGGAGGAAGAUGCAGCAGAAGUACCUCGAGCAGAUCGAGGACCUGUACGAGGACUUCAACGUCGUUCGCAUGCCAUUGUUAGUCGAGGAAGUUCGAGGAAAGGAGAAGUUGGAAAAAUUCAGCGAAUUGCUCACGCACCCGUACGUUCCUCCGCAGUAAGCGAUAUCUUUCGGAAUAACUGCGAUCUAAGACGUUGAAUAUACUACUAUUUUGGGAUGAGUUAUGAAAAGAAGAGAAUAUAAUACAUGAAGCGUUGCUGAUAC